AUGGACAUAAAAUCCAAGAUGUCUUGGCCCACUCUAUACGCCCAGUUAGUGGGGGUGAACCGCUACUCCACCAGCCUGGGGAAGAUCUGGCUGUCCGUGCUGUUCAUUUUUCGGGUCAUGGUGCUGGUGGUGGCAGCUGAGAGUGUCUGGGGAGACGAGCAGUCCGACUUCACCUGCAACACACUCCAGCCUGGUUGUGAGAACGUCUGUUAUGACCACUUCUUUCCCGUCUCCCACAUCCGUCUCUGGUGUCUUCAGCUCGUCUUUGUCUCUACCCCAACCCUCCUUGUGGCCAUGUAUGUUGCCUACCGCAACCAUGGUGAUAAGAAGAGGAUCCUACAGAGCUCAGCAGUCCAGGAGGCUGAGCUGGAGAGCCUGAAGAGACGCAAAAUGCCAUUAGCCGGCGCCCUCUGGUGGACGUACGCCUGUAGCCUGCUGUUCAGGCUGCUGUUUGAAGGAGGGUUCAUGUAUGCCCUGUAUGUGGUGUACGAUGGUUUCCAGAUGCCGCGGCUGGUGCAGUGCGACCAGUGGCCGUGUCCUAACCUGGUGGACUGCUUCAUCUCCCGUCCCACAGAGAAAACCGUCUUCACUGUUUUCAUGGCCACCACCUCCUCCAUCUGCAUGGUCCUCAACAUGGCCGAACUCGCCUAUCUUGUUGCCAAGGCUGUCACUAGGUAG